UCUUCGCGGAAGUGACGUCAGGGGAGCGAUGGCGGCCCGUGUUGCUCUACCGUAUUGGCUUUAAACUGUUCUCGGCGCUAAGAAAUCGUACGCUUUUUCUUUUCGCUUUCUCGAAGAUUAUCAAAAAGAAGCGGAAUCCACAUUUUGGUUUUAAUGUUGCAGCAGAUGGACAAUCACACUUCUCGCGGCUUUUGGCAGAACGGAGACAUUUGUUCGACACUCCAGUUUGUUUGACCAUCUUAGCCAGCGAGCAUUUGAAGGAGCCGGACAGAGCAACUACCUCUCUAAAGAUAAAGACAUUCACCAAGUGAUAUUUAUAUAUAUAUAUAACCCACGCACUUUUUUGUAAACGCUGCACUUUAGCACCCUCCACUCGUUUGUUUGAAUCCCAUCAAGACGCGUGAGGUGUGAAGUUGUGAAUGGUUGGCAGGAUCUUAUUUCCACAGGUGUGUUGUGUUGCUCUUGUCAGCGGUGUAAAUCACACCUCACGGACUCUGGUGUUAUGGUUGACAUGCUAAAGACCCGCCAAUGUCUGCUCGGUGUGCGCACUUUCCUCGGCGUGACAUCCAGGCUGUGGAGCUUCUUUUUAUACAUCCUCAGGAAGCACAUACGAACGAUAAUCCAGUAUCAAACAGUGCGAUAUGACAUUUUAGCAUUGUCCCCCAUUUCCAGAAACCGACUCAACACCGUGAAGCGAAAGAUCCUAGUUUUAGAUCUUGACGAGACAUUGAUCCAUUCGCAUCACGAUGGAGUCCUCAGACCUACAGUUCGGCCUGGUACACCGCCAGACUUCAUCCUCAAAGUGGUAAUAGACAAACACCCAGUCAGAUUCUUUGUACAUAAAAGGCCGCAUGUCGACUUCUUCUUAGAGGUGGUCAGUCAGUGGUAUGAGUUAGUAGUUUUCACUGCUAGUAUGGAGAUCUAUGGCUCUGCAGUAGCUGAUAAGCUGGAUAACAACAAGGGAAUCCUAAAAAGAAGAUACUACAGACAGCACUGUACACUGGAUUCAGGUAGUUAUAUUAAAGACCUGUCCGUUGUACAUGAUGACUUAUCAAGUGUAGUCAUUCUUGACAACUCGCCAGGGGCAUAUCGCAGUCAUCCAGGUAAGACUAUAACGUGAUUCAACCACGCGCUGUAGUUUGCACUGCUUCCUUUGCAGGAUUAACUGGUGUGCGAAGAGUUGCCCAGCUGGUCUCACUGCAUGAUGUGUACUGUAGGCCAUUUCAGCCUCAUUUUUAGCAUCACAGUGAUGUAUGCCAUAUGCAAGAACAGGAUUUAAUAUCAUAUGUAGGAUUUAUAUAUAUUAUAUUAUAUAGUCAUGUACAGAAAACUUUUAGAAUCCAAACAAUUCCUGAUGAAUUC